AUGACUCUCUUAGACGAUCAAGAAAAAAGACGGGCGCCGGUGUGUUGGACGCACUCGGGCUCAAAGGGUGCCGCUGGCCAUCGCGAUGUGCAAGAAGGUGUGAUAGCUGGAAAUGCCGACAAUCUUCAGCGUCAUCUAGGCAAUCGCCAGAUUCAACUCAUUGCCAUUGGCGGCUCCAUUGGAACGGCUCUUUUCGUGAGCAUCGGCACAGGUCUCUACCACGGUGGACCUGGCAGCUUGUUCAUUGCCUUUACAGUCCAGUGCAUAUUUUUGGCCAUGGUGAAUAACUGCCUCGCUGAAAUGACCACUGCAUUCCCCGUCAGUGGUGGUUUCAUCCGACUGGCUGGAAAAUGGGUCGACGAUGCUCUUGGUUUCAUGGUUGGCUGGAACUUCUUCUUCUACGAGGCUCUUUUGAUCCCUUUCGAAAUCUCAGCUUUUACUCUGGUGCUGUCCUUCUGGAGUUCGACGAUUACCGAGCCUGGGCCAGUCGCAGGUAUUUGUGCUGCAGUCACCUUGAUCUAUGGCUCUCUUAACAUUUUGGCCGUCAAGGCUUACGGUGAAUCCGAAUUCUGGCUAUCCGGCGGAAAGGUCAUUUUGAUCUUCUCCUUGUUCUUCUUUACUUUUAUCACCAUGGUUCUUUCAUGGAGUAUCUGGACACCGGUGCCCUUGGCCGAUUUGAAGGCUUUUUGGGAUCCCUUUGGUCGGCUUGCUUUGCCGUCGUUGGCCCCGGAGUACAUCUCUAUGGUUGCGGCUGAGGCGAAGCGUCCCCGCAUUUAUAUCAAGAAUGCGUUCAAGACCGUCUACAUUCGAUUCGGGCUCUUCUUUAUCGGCGGCUCCCUGGCCGUAGGCAUUGUUUGCGCUGCUAAUGAUCCGCAGCUGGAGUCGGUUGUGCUGGGCGGUUCUUCUGGUUCUGCCUCCGCCUCACCAUAUGUCAUCGGCAUGCGAAACUUGGGAAUUUCAAUCUUCCCUUCGAUCAUCAACGCUCUCCUGUUGACUUCAAUCUUUUCUGCUGGCAAUACCUACACCUACUGUGCUAUCCGUACUCUCUACGGCCUAGCCUUAGAAGGAAGAGCCCCGAGGAUUCUCACACGUACCACGCGCAGUGGCGUUCCCAUAUAUUGCUUCAUGGUCGUUAUGAUCUUCCCCUUGCUUUCAUUCAUGCAGGUGUCCAGUAGCUCAUCGAUCGUCAUCACCUGGUUCGCUAACCUCGUUACUGCCGGAGGACUCAUCAACUAUAUCGUCAUAACCCUGACAUAUAUCUUUUUCCAUCGAGCUUGCAAAGCCCAAGGCUUCGACCGCAGGUCUCUGUCAUAUUUCGGAUAUCUGCAACCGUAUUGCGCAUACAUCGCAUUUGUAUGGAUGAUCGUUGUGACGAUCGUCUACGGCUAUCCUGCCUACAAGCCUUGGUCAUUGUCCACUUUCUGGUCGGACUACACCAUGCAAAUCGUCAUUCCUCCUCUCUUCAUCAUCUGGAAAGUCAUCAAGAAGACCAAAUUCGUCAAGGCUCACGAAGCCGACCUAGUUUGGGAGCGACCCUUGAUUGAUGCAUACGAAGACAGCUUCCUUGACCCGCCUACUGGAUUUUGGAGAGAAAUGGGGCAGAUGGUUGGCAUCGGACGCAAAAAGGGCGGCGAUGACAGGCGCUUAAGUUCAGUGGCACAGCCCCAGGAGACUACCGAGGAACUCCCGCUUGAAGAUUCAUUUAAAGCACAUCCAUGA